UCCGGCUCCCACCUCUCUCUCUUUGUACUCACGCCCGAUGUCUCUGUCUCUGCGUUCGCCUCCGCAUCUGCCUUUGCCUCUAGUCGUCGUUGUCGCCUUUGUCUCCCACCUCCGGUCGUCGCCACCGCCUUCGUCUCCCGCCUUCGAUCGUCAUCAUCGCCUCUUGAUCCGCCUCUAGUCGUCAUCGCCGCUGCCUCAAGGAUAUGUCACAAAGAACACCAUAUGGUCAGGGUAUGCGACGUUGUCAGUUUAGAGAGAGUGCUGGCGAGGACCACAUUGGCUGACUUUCAGAUGCGCCAACAUGAUGUAUCAUCACAAUCAUCAGCAAUUGGCCUGACAGAAGAUAAUAACGCUGCUGGACAGCCCUCGCAACCAGCUUUUGAUGAGACAUCAUUAUGGUUGAAGGUUGCAGGCGGGAAAAAGAAAGGUCGUGUGUAUGGGAUGGGGUCAGAAGCAUAUGUUAUCCCUGGUUCCUAUCAUAUGUUGUCACCAUCGCCACCGCCACCACAGUCGUCGUCCAUCUCACUUGCUGACCAAAUUCAACAAGCUGUUAACGCAGCUAUACAACCAUUGAACCAUCGUUUGUCAGCCAUAGAAGAAAGAUUACAUAAUCCUUCUUCAUUGCCACCGCCCUCAAAUCCUUCGGAUCAUUAGGAGGAUCCGUCAUUGCUAUGGAUAGAUAUUACAAUGUAUUAUUUUUAUUGAUCAUGGACGAUGUGUUUUAUUAAUAUUGUAUGGAUUUCUUGUAUGAAUUUAAUAUUAUAAUAUUAUAUGGAUUUCUUGUAUGAAUUUAAUAUUA